CUCCCGCCCCUUCUCUCCCACUUCGCAUCUCCGUCAAUUGAACGGCGACGGCGUGACCCACGGAGGAAGACGAAGACGGCGACAGCGACGUCGUGACCCCAACAUUGACCAGGCCACACCAGUUCCUCCAGGUGAGCAUUCCGGCGACCCUUGGCGGAUUCACGUGAACCACAAAAAGACUCCAACGAUCCCCAGCGUGACUUUGGUAAUGCCGUGCGGCUUAAACCGGCAUACCGGACCAUGCACCCAUGUCUAGUUCAAAUCCAUAAUAAUUUGGAUUUUCAACUUUCCACAUCCUCAACCUGGACGAUACUCAGUCUUGUUUAUAGAAUCCUAUUUUAUUUUUCAGAUAAAUACCACUCAAUUUUCAUAUGAAUACUUAUAGUUUAUUUAUAUGAAUACUUGUAGUGACAGCGAGACACAGCACGAAUGUUGGGAACAUAUUCGCGCAUAAGGUAUGUGCUUGAGCACCUCUGUUCCAUGUUGGAAUUGAAACGAGUCCAAGCGAUUAUCACCAAAGCAGGCUUUCAGGCCCACAUUCCUUUCAUUGACAAGUUAGUAUUCUUUUCUGCACUUUCUCCUACGGGAGACCUCUCCCAUGCUCAUUCCCUCUUCCUACAAACUUCUAUGAACAAUUCCUUCCUUUGCAACACUAUGAUUCGAGCCUUUGCCAAGUCUUCCUUCCCUCUUCAAGCUCUAUACAUCUACAGCCACAUGCAGACCUCAGAUGUUGUAUCUGACCAUUUCACCUACAACUUUGUGCUCAAGGCUUGCUCUAGAGCAUACAAAUUUGCCCAAGAAUUUGGUGAGUGCGAUGAGAUCACUAUUGUUUCCAAAGGGGGUGAAGUUCACUGUACUGUUUUCAAACUGGGGUUUGAUCAAGACCCCUCUAUUCAGAACUCUUUGCUCUAUAUGUACUCUCAAUGUGGAUUGGUCCAUGUUGCCCAACAGUUGUUUGAUGAAAUCAGUGACAAAAGUUUGGUUUCUUGGAAUAUUAUGAUAUCAGCAUACCAUCGUGUCAACAAUUCUAAGUCAGCUGAUUACCUUCUUGAAUCAAUGCCACUCAAGAAUGUUGUUUCAUGGAACACUGUCAUUGGAAGGUACAUCAAGUUAGGUGAUAUUGAGGGUGCUAGAAGGGUGUUCCAAGUUAUGCCUGAGAGGGAUGUUGUGUCCUGGAAUUCUAUGAUUGCUGGUUUUGUGUCCGUUAAGGAUUAUGCAGGAGCAUUGACACUGUUUUCUGAGAUGCAAAAUGCCGAAGUAAGACCCACUGAAGUGACGUUUAUUUCAGUUCUGGGUGCCUGUGCUGAAACUGGUGCACUGGAAAUGGGAAGCAAAAUACACGAGUCUCUCAAAGCGUGUAAGCAUAAGAUUGAAGGGUAUUUGGGAAACGCCCUUCUGAAUAUGUAUUCUAAAUGUGGGAAUUUGAGUUCAGCUUGGGAGGUAUUUAGAGCAAUGAGGAUAAAGACUACGAGUUGUUGGAAUGCUAUGGUUGUUGGUUUGGCUGUCCAUGGUUAUGGUGAGGAAGCUCUGACGUUGUUUUCAGAGAUGGAAUCUGGGCUUGGUACAGUUAGGCCGAAUAGGGUAACAUUUGUUGGUGUUUUGAUUGCUUGUAGUCAUAAGGGUUGGGUAGAUAAAGCAAGAUGGUAUUUUGAUCAUAUGGUCAAGAACUAUAAAAUUAUGCCCGAAAUCAAGCAUUAUGGUUGCAUGGUUGAUCUUUUUAGUAGAUUUGGUUUGCUGGAAGAGGCACAUCAGAUGAUCACGACUUCUCCAUUCCAAAAUAGAGCCAUUUUAUGGAGAACAUUGCUGGGUGCUUGUAAGACACAAGGGAACAUGGAGCUGGCUAAGGUGUCAUUCCAACAACUUGCCAAAUUGAAAAGUCUAACAGAUGGAGAUUAUGUGUUGUUAUCUAACAUGUAUGCUGAAGCUGAGAGAUGGGAUGAGGUUGAGCGAGUCAAACAGAAUAUGUAUUGGUGGGUGGACCGUGAAUUUGAAUACAUGUAUUUAAGGGACUAGUGUUCCUUCAAUUAUAUGCAGGCUGACCAGAAAGAAAGUUUCUUAGGAAAGCUUGAGAGAAGAUAAAUGGAAGAAUAUAACAAGAGCAGCAUGAAGAAGGCAAGGCUGAACUCGUUGCUGACAAACUUGCUAGAUGAUCCUAUACUUUCUGAUGUUCCCAAGAACCCAACUUUGGCAGAUGUUGACACUCUCAUCAGCCUUGAAUUGGGUAGUGCCAUGCGCAUUUCUGUCUUGAAAUUGGAUGGGUCUA